AUAAAUUGAAAUACCCAUUUUUUGUUAAUUUUUUUAAAUUCACAAGCGAAUAGUUUGGAAAGAGGAAUCAGAUUAACGAUGCGAUAUGUAUCGAUAUAUAUGUAACAUCCCUAGCAUCAGUCUAAAAUGCACUAAUAUUACCGCACGCGUAGCGUUCUUUUUGAAAUUAACAAGCGAAUGGGGGUGAAAAAGAAGAAUGAGCAACAACGCUACGCUUGUUUGUGUUCCAUCGUACACUCACGAAAAUUUUACAAAUUGUACAGUAUAAAGUAAUCGAGCAGUAUUUAGUUAGUAAAAGCAAAACAAAUCACGAAAUGCCCAAACCAAAGGCAAAAGCGAAGCCAAAAUCCAAAGCGGCGGCAGCAGCCGCAUCAAAAAGGGAGGCGACCAAGAACAACAAUGCCGUUUCGGCCGAAAAAGAAAACGAAAUGCAGAUCAGUGAUCCGACCUCCGUUCCCAUCCGGGAACAAUGCAGAGGAGGCGCGGAAUCCAUGUACACAAUAAUGCGUCACGCGGAACUCAAGGAGUCACUCCACAAGCGCUACGAAAAGGAGCGAAUGGGGGUGAAAAAGAAGAAUGAGCAACAACGCUACGCUUGUUUGUGUUCCAUCGUACACUCACGAAAAUUUUACAAAUUGUACAGUAUAAAGUAAUCGAGCAGUAUUUAGUUAGUAAAAGCAAAACAAAUCACGAAAUGCCCAAACCAAA